AUGGCGGCCCCGCGGCUCCUGCUCCCUCUCCUGCUCGGACUUGGCGCCACGAGGCCCUCGGUCCCGGGCCGCAGCCUCCGUGCACCAGCGGUUGGCCUUAAUUCACCCCUGGAGGUUCACGAAGGCACCCAGAUCCCCAGCAACGGGAGCGCGCCCCUGCUCCUGGCUGUGCAGGUGUUCGUGACAAACGUGUUCAACGUGGACAUCCUUCGGUACACGGUGUCCUCCAUGCUGCUGCUUCGCCUGUCCUGGCUGGACACACGCCUGGCCCGGAACGCGAGCGUGCACCCGCGACACGUGCGCACCCUGCCCUGGGACUCCCUGUGGACGCCGGGCCUCACCAUCCAGGAGGCGCUCUGGGUGGACUGGCAGGACCCGAGUCCACGGGCCCAAGUGGACCAAGAUGGCCAUGUGGAGCUCUACCUGACCCUCACCACGGAGACCAACUGUGACUUCGAGCUCCUCCACUUCCCCAGAGACCAGAGCAACUGCACCCUCAGCUUCUACGCCUUCAGCAACAGCGCUAGAAAAGCAAUUGCCUACAGCCGGGCCAAGCUGCAGCGGCUGGGCCACCGUCAGCUCAGGCUGCCGCGGCCUCGCUCCUGGAGACAUCCUGAAAGUGAGACGGGGGGCAGCCGUAGUCCUCAGCUCACUGCUCUCCCCUCCCUCCCUCCCCCAGCGACGGAGCUGGAGUUCCGGCCCCACGUGGUGAAUGAGAUCGUGAGCGUCAAGAGGGAGUAUGUAGUUCGGGAUCUGAAAAGCCAAGUCCCGCCCCGGCAGCUGGUGCCCUGCUUCCGGGUGUCGCUGCACCUCCAGAACACAGCGCUGAAGGCCAUCCUGGCGCUGCUGGUCCCCGGGGAGGCGCUGCUGCUGGCGGACCUGUGCGGGGGGCUGCUGCCCCUGCAGGCUGCCGAGCGCACGGCCUUCAAGGUGACGCUGCUGCUGGGCUACCUCGUCUUCCACUCCUCCCUGGUGCAGGCCCUGCCCAGCUCCUCCUCCUGCAACCCGCUGCUCAUUCACUACUUCACCGUCCAGCUGCUGCUGCUCUUCGCCAGCACCAUGGAGACGGUGCUGCUGGCCGCGCUGCUGGCCCGGGACCACCGGAGGGCCAAACGCAGCCCCGGCCCAGCCCCGCGAGGGGAGCAGCGAGCUCCUGAGGACGCAGGGCCUAGUCCCGAAGGGAGAGGCCUGCUGCCAGCGUCUGGGCUCCUACUCGGAGGGGUGGGGCGAGCCCCGGAGUGCAGCCCCUGCCCCUGCCGUCCCACAGGGGCCGCCGGAGGAGCGGGGUCAUGGAGGAGCAGGGCCGAGGCUGCCGACCACGCCUUCUUCCUGCUCUACGUGGCGGGGGUGGUGUGCAGCCAGCUCGUCUUCAUUGGGCUCUGGACGUGGGCGACGUGCAAAUCUGACCCAGCCCCUGGCGAGGCCGUACCCCACGGGGGGCAGCCGCGGCUGUAUCAGGGCAGGGCCACCUCUUCCCUAAGCCUGGGGGCCCCCGGGCCCCCCUGAGCUCUCCCUGCUGUGAGCACACAGCAGUGAGUGUGAAAUAAACCCAUCACCCAAGUGCAAGUGCCCCCAAGUGUCUGCUUCCAUUGAGCUGGGUGUUCGCUCUUGUCCUAUGUGGGUGGCCCCACUCCAUUCCUGAGCUUCUCACCAGUGGCCACC